UAGAAAUAUCCACACGCCCGAGCCGGUCCAGUAUGUCUCGUAUCUGGGCCUCCGAAAGCGGUUGGUAUGCUAUCCAGUAUCCACAUAAAACCCAUUUGAGUGCUACAGACGAGGAGAUAGAUAAGCCGCCGCCGUGGAAAAUGGCGUUCCUACCCCUCUCCCUCACCCUCUCCAUCCCCUCCAUCUCCCCGCCGCCUUUCACGGCGGCGGUAUCCCUUCCCUCUCUCCGCGCUCUCCGGCGAUCGACGGCGAUAUUCACGCGUUCGAGGCGGCCUCCAGGCGUCGUUUGCGCCAUCCCUUGGGAUUUCAGCUUCGACUUUGAGAUAAUCGAACCCCCAUAUCGAGCGGAUAUAUUUCCCGAGUUUGAGCCGAUGCCAAUACCAUUACCACCACCGAUGCCAGCUGAUCCUCCUCUACAACACGUCCCAGACGAAGAGGAAGAGGGAGAGGAGGAAUACUAUGAAUACGAAGAAGAAUACGAAGACCCAGAUGAUUAUUUUUCUGUAUGAUUUUGAACCCCCCUGGUAAGGUUGUGCACAUCAUGGUUUAUUAUGGUUUCCGCAUAGCAGAAACUUAAAGAAAUGUACCUAUUUAGUACCAUUUUAUAAUCUCCAUUCGGGAAUUUCAGAAA